UUGAUAUUCUUUUUUGCAUACCAUCGCCUUCUUGGUAUCCCUAGUUUAUCAUCGAUAGUAUUCGACUAUCUUUCGAAAAAAUCGCCUCCACACGUCAACCGUGAUGUGUCAUCCAGAUCAAUCAAUCCACUCGAACGGUCCACUAUUAAAGAUACACAAUCUCAACAAAGCCCAUUACAGAAUACACCACAAAAAUCAUCCUCCAAGCCAGAAAUAUGUGACAAUUCUCAACUAUACUCUUCUAUGCAGGCGGCACUGUCAAAUUUAAUAGAUUCUGAUAAUUCAUGGAAUCUCUUACAUGCGAGCAGAAGUUCUGAUGUCAAAGUUUAUCAAAAUCCUUCCAUUUCAGAUCAUUGUUACAAGAUUACGGGCACUGUUAACAACACGCUUGAGACUACUUUUGAUUUCUUAGCUGAUGUCAAAAGAAGACCUGAAUGGGAUCAU